CCUGCCAUUCUCCCUAUUUAUCAGAAAGGAAAGAGAGCGUUUAAGCUGCGAAAAAUCAGUUCACAAGAGAAAAUGGCGGCAUUCUUCGGCGAUCCUUUCCGGCGCUUUCUCUGGAGCCCUACAUUCUACCACCGCGGCGGCGCUCCGCCCGGAUCCGCCGCCCUCCUCGACUGGAUCGAGUCUCCGACCGCUCACGUCUUCAAAAUCAACGUUCCAGGAUAUAGCAGGGAGGACGUGAAGGUGCAAGUGGAAGACGGGAACGUAUUGGUGGUGAAGGCGGAGGGCGGGAAGGACGAAGCGCACGGGAAGGAGAAGGAGGUGGUUUGGCACGUGGCGGAGAGAGGCGGAGCAACGGGAAACUUUUACCGGGAAAUUGAGCUGCCGGAGGGAGUGAAGGUGGAUCAAAUCAAAGCUCAGGUCGACAAUGGCGUCCUCACUGUCACUGUGCCUAAGGAUACCAGUCCCAAGCAAUCUAAAAUUAGGAACAUCAAUAUUACCAGCAAACUCUGAAAAAUCUAUAUUUAAUCAAAAUAAUUAGGAAGUAUAUAGUGAAUAAAGACGGGUUGUCACGUGAAUUAUCUUUCUUAUCACCAGAAUAUAAUAUGUACUCCGUAAAUCUUUAUAUAAUAAAGAUCCAUAUAUAAUGUAUAUAUAUUUAUUUA